GUUUUCGUUUCCCAGUCGUCAGCAAUAUGAGCAAGUGGGUGCCGUACAAGCCUUUGAAGCUUGAUGCGUACCUGUCGCCGGAGUUGCGCGACAAGCUCCGCAAGCUUUUGGUCUUCAACGUCCAAACGGGCUUGGAUCAGGACAAUCAGUCUCCCUCGGCGUCGCAGAACUUCCGCUACCCGUCACCCGCCAGUGUGGAGGCGAAGGCCCAUAUCCCGAACACGACCAAGAAGAACCUUUACAGCACGCAGUACUACACGCGCGAUGCCCGCCGCCACGCCAAGUUCAACGAAGUGAACGUCGGCUUCCAUCCGUCUCUCGGGGUCAAGCCGCUCGCCCAGUUGCCUGCGGACACGCCUUUGGGCAGUCCCGGGAACAAGAACCCUGCCGUGUUGAUUUACGAUCCUACCGGCACCCGUUCCGCCAUGUCGACUACGCACGCCGCGCGCGAUGCUUUGAUCGAAGCAACUGCGGACCUCGAAUCCUCUCAAUGCGUCAAGUUUGAAUGGGAAGGCUCGGAGGACGCGAUCAUUGCCGAAUACGAACUCAACGGCACCCCUCCGGUUCCCGGUCGCCCGUUUCCUUGGGACAUGCCCGCGCAAUCCCGCAUUGAACGCUGGUAAACCAAGGAUAACAUCAUGCAAGAGUGAAUUUGAUCUUGGCUGCAUUUCCACCGCAACUGUCACCGAAAACGCGACACAAUCGCAUAAUAAAUAGCUCAAACUCUACAACUAAUGCUCGCUGUGCGACCGCCUGCUCCCGACAUGUUGACUCGAUCGCUGGGACAACUGGCUGAAGAACAAGAGGUCGUCGUCGUCGUCUUCGUUGUAGUUGGUUUGGCUCUGGGACGGAUGCUUCUGCGACACAUGGACGAGCUUGUCCGUAAGGUUCGUCGGGACUUCCUUCUCCACAUGAGGAAGUCCUCGUGCAAAGGCGAUGCGCGCCACCAUUUGCGAUUCCUUGGCUGCGUACUCUUGCUGCAUCUGCGUUUCUGCAAGCGUUGCUUCCUCCACGGUGGCAAAGGUAACGUAGCAGAAACCCGUCGCCUGGGUAUCGCGGGGGUCUCGGUGGAUGUCCAAAGCGGUCACUUGCCCAUACUUGGCGAAGAAGUCCUGCGCCUUCUUCUCCGCCAAGAGCCAUGCUGGCACAUGUCCGACGUACACGCGGCGGCUCGUCAUGUAGUCCAACAUGAAUUGGAUGGGUGUUGCCAGUU